AUGAAAGAGAGAGACAAUAUAUUAAAGAAGAAUAAUAUACGUAUAAUAAGAAACAUAUUAAAUAAGAAUAAUAUACUUAUAAUACUAUUACUGAUGACACACAGUAUAUAUGCAAAGAUAGAAACAAGAGACGCUAGUACUAUACAGAAAAUGGAACUAGGCGAUAAAGACAGCUUAGUAGCAAUACACCCACAAGGCGGGCUUUCUCCAUUCUAUCAGUGCAUCAUGGAGAGAUGUGGGUAUAUAAAGAACUUACGGGGAUAUCUACAUGCCAUAGAUGGGAGUGGAGACCAAGUUGGAGGGUAUGGGUCUACUAUACUCAAGGAGUCUAGUGAAUACAUGCAGGCAUUCACACAGCAGCUGAUUAAUAUGUUUCCAUCAGAAGAUAGAUAUUUAUCUAUUGAGUCAGAGAGCCCAGACUCAUUCACUCGGUUCUUAAGAAGGCAUGAAAACAAGUCAGAUAGUUUAUAUAUUCUUGCUUCUUUAUUUCUUCUCUCGGAAGGGAUAAAUAUUCCUAUUAGAAUAGUGGAGAGUAAAGUGAAUAAAAAUAAAAUACUUAUUCUAAAGAAGAAAAAAGUAAAGAGACCAAAAGAAGAAGAGGAUAGGAAUAUUAGUUCUGAAUAUGAUGAGUUAGAGAAGAGAAAAAUAAGCAGAAGAGAAGGAUUUCACAUCAACUUGCAUAUGAAUAUAAAGAAAAAAAACAAAGAAGGGAAGACUGUAGAGAGAACGCCUCAAAAGAAAACAGAAGAGAUAGUGAGCUUCUUCAAGAGUAUUGCCACCACCAAUUCAUCUUACUGCUUAAAAGUGCCAGAAGAGUUCUCAAUGCCUACUGCAUAUGAAGAGUUCUUAAAGGGGAAUUUUCUGUGCAAUCCGAAGUUCCUCGUACAGUCGUACUUCUUUGAGUAUAUAGACAGUGUGGAGAUGUAUGAAGAGUUUGUAAGAGCGGUGUAUGAAUUAAUUACUGAACGAAUACUAAACAAAGAUGAGAAGAAGAGUGAGAAUAUAAGCAUGAAGACAGGAAAGAAAGCACAGGAGGUGUUUGACAGUCUAUUCAUUAAACAGGACUCAGCCGAGCUGCAUAGCAAAGUGAAAUAUAUUAAGCAUUUUAGAUUGGUUGAACAUAAAUUGAAUGAUGAACUACAGCCGAUACCAUAUGUUGAGAGUGAAAAAUUACCUAUUUUUAAUGAUGAUUCUUCAGACAGCCAUGAUGUCUUUUUACAGGAAUAUAUGCCACCAUAUAAUCGAAAAACAGACGAGUUUGUUAAUGAUAAAGUGUACGAGAAUGAUAUUGUUGUUGAGCCUGCUCUUCUAUGCCUGUUCUUUUUAUUUGCAUUUGAUUCUAGGACUGGGAGGUACGAUAUAAGCCACAUGCCUAAUCCAUCGAAAGAACUAAAGAGAUUCUUUGCUAAGUAUAGCGACCCAUUACAGAUCAUGGACUAUACUAUGCACAGAGAAUGGCACAGGGUUGUAGAGGACCUGCCUAAUAAAGAUAUUUCCUACCGUUUAUAUUCAUCUGACAGCAGAAAUAAAAUUCAAUUUGGUAUACUAAACAUGAUAUAUAUCAUGAGAGAAAUAGCAGCUGAGAAUGACACUAAAAUUAAUGAAAAUAUUGAAUCUAUAAAAAUUAUUAUAAAUAACUGGAAUAAAGAUUCCGAUCCAGAUAAAAAUAAGCUUUUAAUGGGUGUAAAAAAAAUAUGGAUCUCUCUCUCAAAAAACAAGGAAAUUAAAAUAUGGUGUAAUAACAUUUUUACAAAACAAUUAGAAAAUAAAAUAACGGAUAUAGGUAUCGAUCCGAAAUCGCCUUUUCAGAUUAUAUAUAAAAAGAAGGAGAAAGACCCAGAUUCUAUUGAAAUAAAGAUGGAUGAGUGUAGUAGUAGUUAUGAUCAAAAUCAUAAUGGCUAUAUAAAAUAUAAGGUUUCCGGAAAUAUGCUAAGAAAUGGUGCUGGUGCUGCCGAAAAAACAUUAUAUGAUAUAAAAAAGAUAUACAUGAAAUCAAAGAAUUACAUUGGAUGCAUUAUGAGACAAUACGCGAAUCUAUAUCUGGACAAAAUCUCGUAUGCAAUUAAAGGUAAAUAUAGAUUCAUUAAAAGGAUACAGUAUAUUUUAAACAGUGAGCACACUAAUCCAAACGGCCUACUACUGUGUGGUAAUCUAGAGACCCUGCAUUACAAGUAUGAAAUAACUAAAAUAUUUUUGGAAAAACACCGAAGUUAUACUGAAUCUUAUAGAAACAUAAUAGGUAAAAACAAUCCUAUGGUGCAGUUUACAAGAAACCUUAUAGGAAGUGUUCCAAUUAACGAAUACAUAUUAAAGGAAAAAUUUCAAUCCAGUGGUAUUUAUGAUGGCGAGUAUAAAAAUUGGUAUCCUUGGGUAGAACAGGAUGUUUCUACGGAUACGCCAUCAAACAACAAUUUACAGCCAAGUACUUCAAAUGCCGCAAGUUGAUUUCUUAGAAAGUGUCAUUAUGCUAUUUUUAUGUUUGUUUAAUUUCCGGCCUGCAUUCAUACCAUUAAAUAAAUACUUAAUACUACC